AUGGGCAAAAUAUGCGUGGAAAUUUUUUUCCCAAAAGCCCUUUAUGUGCUUGUCGUAGGAGAGGGACUUGGGACGAGUAGCGACCCAUGCAAUCAAGUUUACAAGGGAACAUCAGCAUUUACCGAAGCAGAAAGCAAGGCCCUAAGAGAUGUUAUGUUGCCCCUGAAUGGCAAAGUAAAGGCAUACAUAACUCUCCACUCUUUUGGACAAUACAUACUUUACCGAUGGAGUUACUCAACUCAAGUCAAGCACCCUCUAACAACAAGCAUGGAUAAUGCUGCUAAAGCAAUGGCUGGACAAAUUAAAAACAAAACUCAAGCUGUGUACCGUGCUGGCAACGGUGCUGUAACACUUUAUCCUGCAGCUGGGACAUCUGCUGACUGGGUCUCUUAUGCAAUGAAUGUUACUUAUGCAUACACAAUUGAGCUGAGAGACACCGGGUCGUAUGGCUUUACACUACCUGCAUCACAGAUAUUGCCUACUGUACAGGAUGCCUGGGAGGCUAUAAGUCGUUUGGCUACAAUGGUUUGAAUGAAGCAACAGAGUCAACAAACGAAAAUUUCCGCAGUGAAACUAAGAGACAAGGAGCUAUGGUUUGCAACACAGAUUAUCAAGUGAAGUCUUACAAGUAU